AUGGACGAUGAUAGUGACGAGAUGGAGGGUUCGAUGUUGGUGACUCGAACCAGGAAAUCUUCCGAGGCUAUCAAGCCUACUGAGAUCGGAGCCCCUAGCCUCGAGGAAGGAACAUUAAAAGAAAAGGGGGAUGAAGGCCCUGCAUCACCUGACGUGGUAACUGCUUCCCAAACUUCUAAAAAUACUCCAAAGGGAGCGAGCUUCGAAGCUCCUUUGCCUGAACAGAGCGCCUCGGGUGAUCUCCCCGAGGCCAUGACAGCAGAUCAUUCCUCGUCAUUUCCGGCCUUCUCCGAGAAUGCCAUUAGGGAUGAUUUGAACUUGAAGAUGUCCAAGCUAGGCGGAGUCCCGAGUGAAAAUGACCCCUUCCAGGGUUGCUUUGUUGGGGUCGAUGAGGCCGACCCAGCAGAUGCGAGCUCAAUCUUCGAGGAGGCUCAACGUCUUUGCUCAAUUGCCUUUGACAAAUUGAAGACCGAAUUGCAUCAUUUUGAAGCCGAGUUGCGUAGAGCUUCGAAUGAGGAGAAAACCCUUAAGCUUCUCCUUGACAAAAAAGAGGAAGAACUGAAGCAUCUUCGAUCGGAGUUGACCAAAGCUAGUGAAUACGAGAGUGAGUUAGAAAAGAAGGUAACCUCUGUUAUGAAAAAAUACGGGCUACCUUUCCCGUCUUGGAAGGCUAAUACUUUAAUGUCUCAGCUGCAACAAAAGCUAGAUAUGAUUGGGCAGCUCCGGGGUGAGGUAGAUCAAGUUCGAGCCGAGUGCAAUGGAUGGAAGGCGAAGAUGGACACCCUCGUUGUGGCUGAAAAUGAUGCACUGGCAAAGGUAUCAGCCCUCGAUGUUCAACUUCGGAAUGCUCAAGGGAGAAAAUUGGUUCAGGCUGGCAGAAUAGCCGAGCUCGAGGCUGAUCUUGCGAAGGCCAAGGCCGAAGUUGUGGAAGUCCGGGCCGAAGCCAGAAAAAUACAAGCCAAGGUUUAUAGGACGGUGGCCAUCUAUUUGAAAGAUGCUACUUAUGCUCAGAUGGAGUUGAGGAGGGCUUCCAACCGAGAGAAAAGAAGCAAUGACUAUGCCCGACGCCGAUCCCGGAGGGAGACCCUUGAAGAGGUCCAUGCUAAGGGCUUCGAUCAUUCCGAGGAGAUAAAGCAAGCUAAGGCAAAUGAGGUUGAUGCCAAAUUUGUCCUUUCCUCCGACGAUGAUGAUGACGUCGAAGAUGAUGAUGAUGAUGAGGUUGCCGAAGAAGCUACCCCCGGGGAAGAGGGUGGUCCAGGGGGAGUGACAGGUCCGGGGGGGAAUGCCCAUCUGGUGUAG